UCGAACUCAAGAUGAUUCCUGACAUUGGUUUCACCCACACACUGUCCCGCGCCAUCUUGCUCGAGUCCACGCUGUCACCCUCAGCGUCUACAUCGUCCAGGCUAUCGGUACAUUGACCGAGAUUGCUAUCUGUGCCCACUUGCCUUCAUCCAACUUCGACCCAUAUGGCUCCGUACUCGUAUCCGACACCCAACUCACAGCUCGUCGAAGAGCUCAAGCUCAUCAAACAUCCAGAAGGAGGGUACUUCGUCGAGACGGAUAGGCAGCCGCACGACGUGCCUACGCCAUUUGUCGCGGGCAACCCUUCUCGUUCGCUCGCGACUGCGAUUUACUACCUCCUCACCCAUGACGACGCCAAUGGCUAUUUUCACAUGAACAAAUCCUUCACCUAUCACGUUCUCCAUCAAGGCCGUGCCGAAUAUACCCUUAUCCAUCCUACAUCGCCGCCCAGGAUCGAGAAAGCCGUCAUGGGAACGGACGCAUCCAAAGGAGAAGUGCGUCAGCUGCUCGUUGGCACUGGCGUCUGGAAGAUGUCACGUAUUCCACCAGAGGACGUCCAAGCAGCGCAGACGGCGGAAGAUCGCGACCGAACCGGAUGCCUCAUCACUGAAGUCGUUGUCCCAGGAUUUCAUUGGGAGGAUCACAAGUUCCUUACCCAGCGGGGUCUUGAAGAACUCUUCAGCGGCGCCCCGGGCGCGGCUGAACGUAUCUCUGAGCUGAAGGGUUUCGUGAAGGAAGCUUAGCGUCUCGUCUUGAUCCAUGUACAGUACGCAAAGGAGUGAUGUUGGCUGUCGAUACAAGCCCAUGAAUCGUAUCCAAUGUGCGGCUUGGUGCGAAGAUCUGAUCUCAUUGCUGGGACAAGACAAUCUCCGAUUCCGCCCUCCGCGGGUCUUCGCUGAGGGCGACGCCAUGAUGUGUGCUCUCGACUUCAAUUGACGAGCUCGGAGAAUGUCGCGCCUGCGAUGCACACUACUGACCAUCAGAGUGUGCGUUGCACUGUCG